UAUUUGACGUUUUACUUCUUCUCGGGCUAGUUUUUUCCUCCAUCCCGUACUGACUUUGGUUGGUGGUUAGUGUGCUAUGUGCUCUGCGGACAGCGAGUGAUGUCAACAGGUGUUUUGGCGUCGUUCUGGAAUUUUGCAAGUUUAAGCGUGCAUUUCGGACUAGUUCUUCGAUUAGUGUAGUGAUUUGUGCUGAAUUUACUUGUGCGUCGGUGAUUUCUGUUGACAGGAAGAGGAAUUCCAACUGCUGAUCGUGAGGAAGCGUCGAGUUUAUGCCGCACCUCACAGAAUGCCUUUAAACGACUUCCAGCCGUUGGCGUUCACCACGAUGAAUAACUUCACGACAAUGAACCAGACCCAGGGCACUGCAACGGUGCCAAGCUCCGUUCAGGAGCAACAGUUUUGCCUGCGAUGGAACAACUACCACUCGAAUCUGUCGACGGUUUUCGAUCAGCUGUUCCAAGCCGAAUCGUUCGUCGACGUAACCCUGAUUGGCGAAGGUCGCCCAAUCAAAGCUCACAAAAUGGUCCUUGCCGCAAGUAGUCCAUACUUUCAGACCAUUUUUCAGGAAACCCCCUGCAAGCAUCCCGUAGUUAUUAUCAAAGACGUCAAAUGGGAGGACCUCAAAGCUCUAGUUGAGUUCAUGUAUCGCGGGGAGAUCAACGUCGCCCAAGAGCAACUCCGACCUCUACUCAACCUAGCGCAGAUGUUUCAAAUUCGUGGUCUGACCGACGUCACGCAUGAAGACGUUGAACCAGAGCCUCCGGCGCCAGUACGCGAAACUGUCCAACCCACCAACGUAGAACAAUUCACGGUUUACACGGCGUCCAUCGUGGAAAACCUUCAACAGCAGAACUUCAACACUCCAACCACUAACGAUCUCGGCCCGAGGCGAUCCUCCAAAGAAAAGGACACCUCUCGGAAGCAAACUCUGGAGACGAUGGACAUAACCGUUGAGUGGCCCAAACUUGAACCCAAGUCCGAAACGCCAUCUGAAACACAAUCGCCAACGAAGAAUCCCCGCAAACGCAAAUCCACAUCCAACGACAACGCCGAAGAAAACUUCCUUACCCUGCAACCUCCGGAACCAACGGCAUACAUUCCAGCUGCGAUCAGCCAACCAGUUACGGUAGUCUCUCAACCCCCACCUCUCGCCACCCGAUUGGUACUGCAAAAUGCCUACCAAGCAGAAGACACGGACACCAAGAUGACCUUCCUGGACCCUACCAAUGAAGCAGACGAUACAUCUAUGAAUACCUCCCAAGAGCAGAAUACCACAAAUGAAUCCCGAUCGAAAGCCCAGAAAGCACCCGCAUGGAGUUCAAACCAACUGCAGGAAGCCAUCGCCGCCGUCGUAACGCAGCGAUUGCGUUUCACCCAGGCCAGCGCCCAGUACAACAUCCCCAAGGGCACACUGUACGACAACAUUCUCGGCAAAGCGCACCGAAUGGCGGUCCUCCAGGAGCUUGCACUCUCUCCCGAAGAAGAAGCUGCGGUGCUGAAUUUCUGUUGCGAUACGGCCACCUCGCCGUACAACAAGCGCACGAAGAGAUCGCUCAGAAGCAUUCUCGAGUUCAUCAGUCACUUCCAGAGCUUUCGGGACAAGGGCGACCAGUUCAAGUUCGGAGGCAAACCAGGCUUCCGGUGGUGGUGGGCUUUCUGUCGGAAGCACUCGAUCGUUUCGCUGUACUACGAGGGACUGAAGCUUAGCGACGAUCAGGAUUCGUCGAUCUCCAGCAAGAGGAGCCGGAAGAGCGUGGAGUUAGAUGCAAUGCAAGCGGUUUGAAUGUUACAGUUUAAUUUGAAGAUGUGUGUGCCUUUCAGCAAUUAAUUUGUGAUUUUAACAUUCUCGUUGAUUUUGUACAAUUGUAACAUGAAACUCAGAUAUAAGUAAGGUUAUGUAAUUAGACGACAAAACUGGUA